AUGCCUCCUCACUACCCUUCACCAACAGAAUUGACCCAUUUACCAAAUGAGAUUAUGCUUCUCAUAGGAGAGUCUCUUGGGGUCCCUGCAUUGAGCAACAUGAUGAAGACUAAUUCCCGUUAUGCUUCAUUGUUCCACUCUUUACUCCACGAGAAGGCAGCCACUUUCAAUGUCAAGGGUAAUACCCCGGCGAUAGCAUGGGCAGCAGAGCAAGGUCGACCAUCAAUGAUCAAGUGGAUACUCGACGGUGCAAAGAAACCUAUCACGCCCUCCGCCAUCAUUCUAGCCCUUUUCAUGGCCUGCUAUUAUAAUGACACUGACAUGGUGGAAAUGCUGCUUCCCGUUACUCCAAGUGUUCCCCUGUGUUCUACCAAUACUGGAGCCAAGUACUUCUUUGUAGGAGUACAGUCCCAAAAUAUGACAGAGAAGACGAGAAACAAGUACGUAUCGGAAGAUAACGAUCUCUCUGCUCAUCUUUACGUCGCAUCUAGGAAUGGAAGCGAGGAGAUUGUUUGGAUGCUCUUCAAAUUUGGCAUGCGCGACUUUGCGAAAUCCAGAGCGCUUCUAGCUAUUGCUGAGGAAGGGCUGGAUGAAGCUGCUAAAAUUUUACUUGAUGCUGGCAUGAAACACGACCCUGAGGCUGUUUCUCGAGCAGUUUUCUCUGCCGUGAUAGGCGAAAAUGUCAACAUGGUGAGGAUCCUGAUGGAUUCAGGGGCAAAAUUUGAAAUGCCAGUUAUGGCAUACCAUACAGCCAUGAGAAAGUUAACAGGAGAAAUGGAUAAAGUCCUCCUGCAGCUACGUGAUGCGGCACACAAUAACUUCUACGCUAUUGCUAAACGCCUUAUUGAGUCUGGUGCUGAUAUCUCAGUUACAGAUAACAAAGAUCUUACACCGUUACAUCUGGCUGCAAACAAUGGUAGCUAUGAAGUUGCACGCCUCCUUCUUGAGCAUGGCGCUGAUCCAUGGGCGCAAUCUCCGAAAGGAUGGAUGCCAUUGAAUCUUGCGGCUAUAAAGAAACACGAUUGUGUUUUGGAAUUGCUUCUUGCUACCCAGAAAGUUGCUUUCUCUAUUGAAGAACGAGAACGAAUAAUUAGGGUUAUGGGAAAUAGGUAUCCGGAUUUUUGA